AUGGCCAUAGUAUUCCUGUCAUGGGAAUACUAUGCGGGAGACAACGCUAUGAUUCAUUUCUCCAUGGUCAAAGCUGUGAUGGGCGCAUCACCAUUAAGAAGCGGAGUGGAUCUCCUUUCACUAGUUCUUAGCCAGGUUGUUGCAUCGAUUUUGUCUGAAGGGUUGGUCAGGAAGGUGGGAUACUACUUGCAAUUUGUUAUCGUAUGUGGCAUCUUAUUCACGAUCUCGGCUGCCUUGGUGUCCACAUUCCAAGCAGACACUGCGUCUGAGAACAAUGCAAUUGCUCUCGCAGUGCUUGUCUUUAUGGAGAAUUUCGGAGGUGCAAUUCUCAUUGUCAUUGCGGAGACUAUUUUCAAUUCGAAAUUGGCCCUGGAAAUGGCACAGUAUGCCCCAGAUGUCAACGUCGAGGUGGUCGAGGCAGCGGGUGCUUCAGGUUUCGGAGACGCAGUACCUCCUGCGCAGAUACAUGGAGUCUUGAGGGCAUACAAUUCAGCUUUGACCAAGGAAUUUACUUGGCCAUCGGUUGUAUGGUCGCAAUGCUGGUUACCUGCUGGGGAAUGGGGUGGGCACCAGAAACUCAACGUAGUGAUGACUACCAACUCGAUGACUGGAACAGCCGAGUAG